AUAUGUGCCCUUAGCAGCUGAUACCAGCUGAUCUAAAAAUAGUGCAGGUCCUAGUAGAUAGACUGCUAACUAUUCUGAGUAGGCUACUUGCUUUCUCAGUCAACUUCAAAAGAACCAUAAACGUCCAGGGGCAUAUUAUCUCCCUAGAAUCAACAAAGUACCAACAAGAUGGCCAUGUUACCAAAAAACCUUCCCAGACCAGAGGAGUGUCAAGGAGCACAGACUCUAUGGUAUGACAAGAAGAAAUAUGUGGCCAUCAACUUCAUGGUGCAAAACCCCAAGGAUGUUGAGGUUGAUAUUCAGGAUACCUAUAUAGUUUUAAGUUGCAAAGACGUUGAUGACAACAACAUGUACAAUCACAUUUACUUCUACGACAAAGUAAUGAAAUUCGACUCUCAAGUGAAAAUCUAUGAUCGCAGUAUCCACAUCUUGAUCAGGAAGGUUAAAGAAAAUGUAGCAUGGCCUCGCCUUCAGAAAGAUGCCAAUCUCAAGCCAAAUUGGAUGGCUGUAGACUUCGAAAACUGGAGAGACUGGGCGAACGAAGAGGAUGAGGGAAUGGCGGAGUACGAACAAUAUGUGGAAAUGAUUCAGGAUAUAGGGAGCAAGAAAGGAGCGCCACCUGCGAUGGAUGAUCUUGAUGAUCUGAGUGAUUGAACAUUUCUGAAGAGAGCCUUUCUCUGCAUUGGACGUGGUGGACGUGGAUUGAGUCGUCAAAGCCACGUCGAUGGACUUUGUGUAUUUCCUGAUGAUGGUUUGCUAUGAAUGUGAUGUGAAUGAAUGCUGUGUAUUGCUAAAUGUGUUUUCACUGGUGAUGUUUUCUGUGUAAUUUAUCAUGUUUUAUUGAAUGUGUUAUUUAUUAAAUCAACUGAAGCAGGGGCAUCAUGCAACCCAAAAAUCUGAGGGGGUACAAAGACAAAGAACAGGAUGGCUGGGGGGUGGUGGCCAUAUGUUGGAGAAAGGAAUGAGAGUCUUAUUCAGUACAUUUACAGUUAUUGUUUAUUUUUAUAGUCUACCAACUUUUCCUGCAGGCAUGUCUAUAGGCAUGCAGAUAGUUAGACAAGCUAGCUACUUGAUUGAUAGCCUGAAAUGGCCUCUUGGUAGUUAAUUGGGAGAUUGGGAACCUAUCUGGGCUAGCUAAAGCCAACUCUAUAAUAUUGCUUAGUGAUUACCUUUUACUGCAAUGGGCUAAAUCAGGGUCACACAGAGUAUUUCUGGGUAAUCUACUUUGAAAUAAAAGUAUACACCUCA